GGCGGCCAUUUUGGGAGGCCGGCGUUCGGCGGCUGGUAGGUGCGGAGGGGGCGGGCUCGGGCCGCAGCAGCAGCAGCAGCAGCCGGUGUCAGGGCGGGGGGCAUCCCGCGAGCCGGUGAGUGUGGGGCGCCGCAGGGCGAGAGCCGCCGCCACCACCCGGAGAUCGCAGCCCCCGUCAUGUCGGACUUCGACAGCAACCCUUUCGCCGACCCGGACCUCAACAACCCCUUCAAGGAUCCUUCGGUUACACAAGUGACAAGAAAUGUUCCCCCUGGACUAGAUGAGUACAAUCCUUUCUCUGAUUCGAGAACAGCUCCUCCAGGAAAUGUGAAAAUGCCUAACGUACCCAGUACUCAGCCAGCAAUAAUGAAACCAACGGAAGAACCACCUGCUUACACUCAAAUUGCAAAGGAGCAUGCCUUGGCCCAGGCAGAGCUGCUAAAGCGUCAAGAAGAACUGGAAAGAAAAGCUGCUGAACUGGAUCGCAGAGAAAGGGAAAUGCAGAGUCUCAAUCAGCAGGGGGGUAGAAAAAAUAACUGGCCACCUCUUCCUGAGAAUUUUCCAGUGGGUCCAUGUUUCUACCAGGACUUUUCUGUAGACAUUCCUGUAGAAUUCCAGAAGACUGUAAAGAUUAUGUACUACUUGUGGAUGUUUCAUACAGUGACACUGUUUCUUAAUAUCUUUGGAUGUUUGGCCUGGUUUUAUGUUGAUGCUUCGCGAGGUGUUGAUUUUGGAUUAAGUAUCCUCUGGUUCUUGCUUUUUACUCCUUGUUCUUUUGUCUGCUGGUACAGACCACUGUAUGGAGCCUUCAGGAGUGACAGUUCAUUUAGGUUCUUUGUGUUCUUCUUUGUGUAUAUCUGCCAGUUCGCUGUACAUGUACUUCAAGCUGCGGGAUUUCAAAGAUGGGGAAACUGUGGAUGGAUUUCAUCUCUUACUGGUCUUAAUAAGAGUAUUCCUGUUGGCAUUAUGAUGAUCAUCAUAGCUGCACUUUUCACAGCAUCUGCUGUUAUCUCAUUAGUUAUGUUUAAAAAGGUUCAUGGUCUCUACCGCACAACUGGUGCUAGUUUUGAGAAAGCACAGCAAGAGUUUGCAACAGGAGUGAUGUCCAACAAAACUGUACAAACUGCUGCAGCCAACGCCGCGUCGACAGCAGCCACCAGUGCAGCUCAGAAUGCAUUCAAGGGUAACCGAAUGUAGAGGAGAUCAAAGAAGUUGCUGUGGUUCUCUUUGAUUGUGCUUUAUUUUCAGGUCAUUUAUUCUGUUUCCUAAAAGCCUAGAAUAAAGUUAACACAGCAUGUUUGUCCUUCCUUCAGCUGUGCAUGGGUAAAAUGGGAAAUGUUUGUUUUGUUCUGUUAUAAAUUUAUUUAUUUUGAGAGUAAAUUCUUUGCCCUCCUUUUAGAUGUUGCUAUGUGUAACGUAAAGCCCUCUGUAUUUUAUGGGAGAUAAACCAUUUCAACAAUUGGCCUGAUAUUGAAUUAAUGGUAUUUAAUGAUCAACUACAUAAAUUAGGAAUUUGAUAAAUUCUUCAAAACUUUUUUUAGGGUAAGUCUUUUGAUAUAAACCUGUAAGUUUGCAUGAACGCUGUUGAGUUAUCUGAUCAUAUUUAAAUAGUGUUUUGGUCCAGAAUUUACUUGCACCACUUUAUAGCAUUUGUUUAUAUCUAUUUUCAUGGAGUAUUCCCUUCCUGUGAGAAAUGACAAUGAUGCAUAAACAUUCUCUGUAAUAGAAUGUGUAAUGCAGUGUACAAGUUAAGGAAGUUCGCUGAUGGUUACAAUCACAGACAUAAAUGAUUAUAUACUGUGUUUUUUAUUUCAGUAUUUCUUUCUUGAAGUAAUAAUUUUGCUGGAAAAGAACAGAAUAUUGAUGUUUAGAACACUAGUUUCUUGUCUAGCUCUCCUCUUUGACAUGCAGUGGUAUUUUUUGUUUUGGGGAUUCUUAGAUUUUGGUUUUUUUAGCGUAGGUUUGUGUUUAACAGUGGUACCGAAUCUCUAGCCUUGUCAGUCACUCUGUUUACUGCUUGUCCAAAAAUUGAAAUACACAGUAUUUAAUUUUCUUACAACGAUACUGUCUAAGAUCAAUCUUUAUAAGCAAUGUCAUUUAACAGAUACUUGAAUUCAUUUUAACAUAACUCAGCCAUCUCUGUGAUUUACGUUGGAAGUAAGAGCUUCCUAUUUUGAACUGCAAAAGUGAAAACUAUUCAUCUUUCACAAAAUUAAGUCAUUGAGCCGAAGGCUUAAAAGCCUGAAUGUUUGCUGUGGAGCUGAGCGUGGGACGUACCAUCAUAAUGUUCUAAAGUUAAUCAGGUUAUAAAGUGAUGGAUUUGUCCUCUGAAGGUUACUUAAAGUUCCUUGAUUUGGCUCAUGAGCAUAAUAUUUGGGCUGUUUUUUUUUAAGCUUUGUUUUCUAAAAUGAAAGCAGGAUGUGAUGCCAUGACCUGUAGUGUAAUUUUAUUGUAGAUGAAGAAUUUAUCAGCUCUUAAUGUGAAUCGCGUUUAGCAAGAUUGAGCCAGAACUUUGAGGCCCCUCCAUGCUGACAAGUCCUUCUUUACAGUACAUUUACAAUAACACAAAGGUGUUAUUUUUUAAUGCUGUUAAUUCCUUGAUAAGUAUUACCGUUAGCUGUAGUAAUUAGUCUCCUUUGUUUUACUAACUUCUUUAAAUCCAACCUGAAUUUGGAUAAAUGUAGCAGUUCCACCUACGCAGAAGUUAAGUAAUAAUAACAUACUAUCAUCUAAAUAUUCUUUGUAUCACAAUGUUAAAAGCAAUUUAACUGUUCUAUCCAAUAGGGGCUCUCAAAUUUUACAGUAGUGAAUAGGUUGGCGUUGAACUUAAAUUUGUGUAGGAUGUUAAUAAAAGCUUUCCAGACAAGCCUGUAUUUUCUGCUGAGGUCGGGCACUGCUCUUCUAGCAGCUGUACAUCAAAAUUGUUCUUUUGGAAAUCUUUUAAAUUUGACUUGAAACUCCUGCUUGGGAGCUGUAAUAUGGAUUGUUUUGAAUCUAAAUUUGAGCAGUUAUCUUGGAUCUCUCUUGGAUUUGAAUCCCAGGGACAUAAUCUUUGCUUUAAGCUGAAGAAUGCAUAAUUUACUAUGCCUGAAUAUACAGAGGAAAAGAGAUAUAAAACCCCAAUUCCACAGGCGUAUUUUGCCAAAUGGUUAAAUGUUCGGUGAGAAUGUUCAGUGUAUGUUGGGUGCUGAUUUGUGAUGUCCCGGGCUGAGUGUACACAUCCAAACCUCAUGAGCAAAAUCCAGGACGCUGUUACACGUGAGCUUUUAAAUGAGAAAUCUGAUGCUUCACAGCCCAAAAGUAAGGAAGAAGUUUUAGUUUACCUUUGGUAACAGAAGGCUGAUGUUGGUUAAAAUACUUCUACCCAAAUAAAUUGAGCUUUUAGCCUCUUAUUAAUUACCAGAGUAUGGCACCCACUUGUCAUUUUGUAGUAUUGUGACAAAUUGAGUACAGAGUAUGAAGUUUAAACACUGGAAUGUCAGUAGUCAUUGAUACGUAAUAUAGGAGUAUUUAUCAUGGGGAUGUUUGUAUAUUUUGUAAAUUACUAACAAUGCUCUGUCAUCCUGGUGAGUGUCAAGAUCCUCUACAAACACUCCUUCUGUCCCCUCUGUUUGCAUGUCUGAGUUGUUCAGAAGUUUUGUAUAUUUAUUGUAUUAACACGGUGUCACGGAAUAAAACAAAACAAAACUUUUUUUCCGGGA